UACUUCUACUUGAUCUGUGAUCUCGAUGAACUGCGAUUCAUAAAGUUAAAAAUUAUAAAGCAAUAAUUGAAAUCGUACAUAGAAGAAAGAAUAAAUGAACUCUUUAAUAGUUUUAAAAAUAAAUAAAAGUUAUCGCCAAUGUGAUCGAGUUUAAGAGUAAGAAAGCAUUAAUAAGUAAAACGUGUCUAAUUAUUACAUAGUGUAGAUUUUUUAAGUUCGCCACGAAUUAGCAAAUUGCUUCAAAGUCAAAAAACUGGACCAAGCAGGCUCGACCAAGUAAAAAUGAGUAACAGGGAUCCGGGUCCUUUGCCAAAUAGAUGGUUGCGUUGUCCACGCAAGUCUUCUGAAAUAAUAGCUGAGAAGUUUCUUGCUUUCAAAACGCCCUUAGGUUCUGAGUUUAAUGAUAAAGUUCCUGAAAACAAUCGUUUCACUCCAUCAAUGCUCUUUGAUUACAUGAAAGGUUUAAGGAUGAAACUAGGUCUUUGGAUUGACCUCACUAAUACAUCUAGAUUUUAUGAUAAAAGAGAAAUUGAAAAGAUGGAUUGUAAAUAUGUUAAAAUGGCUUGUCGAGGUCAUGGUGAAACACCAUCUGAAAAGCAAACAAAAAAGUUUAUAGACAUUGUUUCUGAAUUUAUUUCCCAAAAUCCACUUGCAGUCAUUGGUGUACAUUGUACACAUGGGUUUAACAGAACUGGGUUUUUGAUAACUUCCUAUAUGGUAGAGAAAUUUGAUUCAAGUGUUGAUGCAUCAAUUAUAGAAUUCAGUAGAAAAAGACAACCAGGAAUAUAUAAACAAGAUUAUAUAAAUGAGCUAUUUAGACGAUAUGAUAGUGAUGCUGAACCUAUGGCAGCUCCAGAACGACCAGAUUGGUGCAUUGAAGAAGAAAUAGAUUAUGAUGAUGAUGAUGAUGAUAAUGCUCCCAGCUCCUCACAAGCAGCUGAAUCAAAGUUGUAUGGUCCACCAAAGUCAAAAAAACGUCGAAAAGAGGCUAAAAUAAAAAAGACUGAAUUCAUGCCUGGAGUACAUGGAGUGGAUCCGUUUGAUUCCCAACCACGUCUGAGUGAAAUCCAGCAAAAGGCACAACAGUUCUGCAAAUGGAGUGGUUCAGGGUUCCCAGGCUCACAGCCUGUGUCUAUGGAUUUGGAGAAUAUUACUAAAUUGAGGGAGAAACCUUACCGCGUGUCGUGGAAGGCUGAUGGUGUUCGGUUUAUGAUGUUAAUAGAAGAUGAAAAUCAAGUGUAUAUGAUUGAUAGAGAUAACUGUGUGUUUCAAGUUCAUGGUUUAAGGUUUCCUCACAACAAAGCGAACAGGCAUCUACGCGACACUUUACUCGACGGGGAAAUGGUAAUAGACAAAGUUGAUGACAAAACUAUUUUUAGAUACCUUUGCUAUGAUAUUAUCAGGUUCGAAAAUCAAAAUGUUGGUAAAGAAUCAUUUUUCCCGGUGAGAUUGGACUGCAUAACAAACGAAAUUAUAAAUCCCAGAAACCGUGCCAUCAGCGAGGGUCUCCUUGAUAAAAACGCUGAACCAUUUCGGGUCGUUAAAAAGGAUUUUUGGGAUGUCUCAUUGGCUGAGAGACUUCUAACAGACAAAUUCGCCAGUACAUUGCACCAUGAGCCUGAUGGUCUUAUCUUCCAACCGUCUCUCGAUCCAUACAUUCCUGGUGCGUGCGAAAACGUCUUAAAAUGGAAACCAAGCAACAUGAACAGUAUCGACUUUAGGCUCAAUAUUGUGACCCAAGAAAAACCAGGAAUGCUAAAAGAAAAAGUGGGACAAUUAUAUGUUGGUCAGAAUGAUAGACCAAUAUCUACUAUAAAAGUGACAAAGGCAAUAAAAAACCUUAACAAUAAAAUAAUUGAAUGUCGUUAUGAGGACGACAAGUGGGUGUUUAUGCGCGAGCGAACAGAUAAAAGCUAUCCUAAUAGUUUCAAAACUGCGAAAGCUGUCUUCGAGAGUAUCGUAAAUCCAGUUACAAAGGAUUAUUUACUGUAUAUCAUAAAUAACAGAUAUAAAAAGAAAUCACUUAUGCCUCCACCAAGUCGAUGAAAAUAUACGACUAUGAAAAUUCAGACAUGCCUAUUUCAUUAAAACAUGUGUUAAACUUUAUUUUUUAAUACUAUAAAGUUAUGAGCUAAACUGUGUAACAAAGAACAGUCACGCGUGUUCCCAAUAUCAUCACUGCACAUACAAUAUAACAUAAAGUAGUUCCUGAGAUGAGCGUGUUCAACCAAACAAAAGUUUCAGCUUUAUAAUAUUAGUAUAGAUUUCAUAGGUAAAUUUAAAAUGUUAUUAUUUUAUAGCAUAAAAAUGGCUAUACCCCACUGUACAUAAGUACAUUAAAUAUACAGCUAUAUGGCAUGUAGAUCUGAGGUUGACUCAUAUCUAGAAUAACAGGUUUUUUCAAAUGUUUUUGUUAAUAUGUUACAGAAGUCUGUGAACUGUUAUCCUUUAUGUGUAAGGUCACAUACAAAAAGUAAAUAAUAACUAAACUGGUAUGUUUGCCCAAAACAAUUGUCCAAGGCUUGUCAGCUUCUUUUUUGUAUAAGACAUAAUAUUUUUCAGGGUUUCUGUAACAUAUAGCAAUAUGUUACCGAUUUGUUGUUAUGGUAUUAGUAAUUAUAAUGGAUCAAACUGAAAUAAAUGUUCACAAAGAUGA